UAUCGAUCAAUUUUGGAAGAGAUAGCCUAAAUGGAAAUAAGUUCUAAAUAAUUAAUAUGGACGAUAGUGGUAAUAGUGAAUCCUCUAGGGCCGGAGGAAAACCUGUUUGGAGUAGAUCGAAUUCGCAUUCUGUUCGGAGCUUAAUAUUCGACGACCAAAUUGGUGGAUCACCCCCUUUGAGAAAUUCAUUAAAAAACACCUCCAAAAAUGUACAAAGUCUCGAUUCGGGAUAUUCGCCUAGGAGACUACAAAGUUCUUUACAAAAAUCGGAUAAACAGCUUUCUAAUGAUGAUUCGAAACUUGUUAAAAUGAGGAAAUCUCCUCUAGGAAAAUCUGCUCCAUCAUUGUCAGGAAACAUGAAAGAGCUUGGCAUGCCUCGCAGAUCUGGCAGGACUGUGUCGACGGCACACAGACUGAGUCUCGCCGCCAACACAUCUCCAAGAUCUCAUUCACCCAUCUCAGCUAGUCCUAUUGACAGUCCUAGGAUAAAUUCCCCGAACUCACAUUUCGCAUUCAUUGGACCCAAACGCAGUGUUAUGGGAGGCGGUUGCCGAGGUGACGGACGACGCUGGUCGGUUGCAUCACUUCCUUCUUCUGGUUACGGAACCACUCCUGGUAGUUCAAAUUUAUCGUCACAAUGUUCAAGUCAGGAACGUCUUCAUCAGUUACCAAACCUUCCAACAAGCGACGAAUUAAGACUGCUCAUUCAUCAUUUUUCAAGUAAUGAUAGUAAUUCGGGUUCUACGCCUGUUUCAAAUAAAGACGACUCCGGAGGUUCUUCCGGAAAUGGAAAAAAGUCACCAUUUCAUCGACCGCGUUCACGUAGUUUGAGUAGUCCAAGUAGGACGCUUCACGUCGAUAAUGAGGUUUCAACUAUGAAUACUCUGUACAAGGAGAGAUUUCCAAAAGCAACACAACAAAUGGAGGAACGUCUAGCACAGUUUGUGAACGACCAUAAAUCUGAUAGUACUUCAUUCAUGCAACAAUGUCCAAUUUUACGAUUCGUUCAUCAUCAAGUCCUAGAAGUCGCUAGGGACUGUUUGGACAAAUCGCACGCCAAACUUAUCACUAGCACCUAUUUUUUUGAAAUGCAGGAAAAUUUGGAACGAUUAAUUACUGAGACGAAAGAAAAAUCACCGGAAGCAGCAGUGGAGAUAACUAGUUUAAUACGGAAGCUACUUCUUAUAGUUUCACGCCCAGCGAGGCUAUUAGAAUGUCUUGAAUUUGAUCCGGAGGAAUUUUACCAUCUGCUGGAAGCAGCAGAAGGACAAGUUAAAGAUAUGCAGGGCAUCAAAGCAGACAUUCCGCAAUAUAUAAUCGAAAAACUAGGAUUAAAUCGAGACCCAAUUGAAGAGCUGCAACUAGAUUUGAAAGACAAUAAGUGGUUACAUGACAAUUCAACUACUUCUACAUGCAGCAGUGGAAGUGGCAAUAGCGGUGGUAAUGCAAGCCACAGCACAAAUAAAAAUUCUUGUUUCACAUCAACACCAAACAAAAAACAUAAUACUCAAUUAUUCUCGCCGAGCGAGGACGAUUACGAAAUUGUGAAAUUAAUCUCAAAUGGUGCAUAUGGAGCUGUAUAUCUUGUUAAACAUAAGCAAAACAGACAAAGGUUUGCGAUGAAAAAAAUCAACAAAACAAAUUUAGUUCUUCGAAAUAAAGUUGAGCAAGUUUUUGCUGAACGUGAUAUUUUAAGUUUUGCUGAUAAUCCCUUCGUAGUCAGUAUGUACUGCAGCUUCGAGACUAAAAGGCAUUUGUGUCUGGUUAUGGAAUAUGUAGAAGGUGGUGAUUGUGCAUAUUUACUUAAAAAUAUUGGACCAUUUCCGGCAGAUAUGGCAAGGUUUUAUUUUGCGGAGACUGUGCUUGCAGUGGAGUAUUUGCACAGCUAUGGCAUUGUCCAUAGAGAUCUAAAACCUGAUAACUUAUUGAUUACUGCCUUAGGACAUAUUAAACUCACAGAUUUUGGUUUAAGUAAAAUGGGUCUAAUGUCGUUGGCAACUAAUUUAUAUGAAGGGUAUAUUGACAGAGAAGCCAGACAAUUUUCAGAUAAGCAAGUGUUUGGUACACCUGAAUAUAUUGCACCUGAAGUUAUAUUAAGGCAGGGCUAUGGGAAACCUGUUGAUUGGUGGUCUAUGGGAAUUAUUUUAUACGAAUUUCUUAUUGGUUGUGUUCCAUUUUUUGGUGAAACACCUGAAGAACUUUUUGCGCAUACAGUUAAUGAUGAUAUUGAGUGGCCCGAUAAUGAUGACUGGCCAAUACAAGCAGAAGCCAAAAAUAUUAUAACAGCACUGCUGCAGCAAAGUCCACGUGAACGCCUCGGAUCAGCGGGACCUCAAGAAGUUAAAGAGCAUGUGUACUUUGCUGGUGUUGAUUGGAAUUCUCUGCUUCGACAAAAGGCUGAAUUUGUUCCUCAACUGGAAAAUGAGGAUGACACCAGCUAUUUUGAUACUCGAGUUGACAGAUACAAUCAUGAGAUUGCUGGGGACGACACUGAUGAUACAGAUGAUUCAAAACUGUUUGGUUCAUUUUCAUCAUGUUCUCCACAGUACAGAAAAGUUCAAAGUAAUCGAUUAAGUCACACUGAGACUGAACCUAGCGAAGGAAAAAAAUCAUUUGUUACUUCUGGUUUGAAGAAGCUGCAAGCUGAUCUCAACCAAUUAUCGUGCGCUUCAAAUAAGACAACAAGUACGCCAGAGUCUUCUCAAACAGACAGUGACGACGUGUCGCCCCAGAUUCAAAGAAGGCGGCGACAUACGCGUGACGCCUUGCCUCGAUUCUCGGUUUCCGUGGAAGACGAGCAUAGCUGUGACACUGGUACAUCAUCAUCAGAAAAUACUAGAGAACUUUCUCCGGUGUCCUUAAAUAGUAGUGGUCUCGGUGCUAGUCGACUUAAGGCUCCAUCGUUGAAUCUUCAAAUUCUACCUACAAGUAAACACAAGUCGCGCGCUGUAGUCAAAAGUGCCUCAGCUUUAGGCUUAUCACUUAUAAUACCUUCAGAUAGUAGUUCAUGUGUGGAGAUACAGUCGCCAGGCGGUGGUGGUUCUAGUACUGCAAGUUCCCGUGACAACUCGCCUUGUCGGGAGCUGUCACCAUUAGUCACAAACUUGAAACCUCCGAUCAUCAUCAGGCGUGGUCCAAAAGGAUUUGGCUUCACUGUACACACUAUUCGCGUAUAUUAUGGCGAUACAGAUUUCUACACUAUGCAUCAUUUAGUCAUGGCUGUUGAUGAAGGUAGUCCGGCAUUCGAAGCAGGGUUGCGACCAGCUGACCUAAUUACACAUAUUAAUGGGGAAGCUGUUCAAGGCCUUUAUCACACUCAAGUUUUACAACUAUUAUUAGGAGGUGUAGAACAUGUCAGUUUGAGAGCUACUCCUUUAGAGCAUACUAGUAUUCAGAGUGGUGGUCGUAAGCGCGAAUUAUGGCAAAGCAAGCUAGCGCGGAGGAAUUUACAUAGGCAAAGGAAACCGAAACGAGAUACUGAUAAGAGAAGAAAAUCAUCAUUAUUUAGAAAAAUUAGCAGCAAAAGAGCUAGUGUGGAAAUGCAGCAAAUUGCCGCUGCAAUAUCAUCGCCGACUAUGGUUACUCCAAGUCGAAGUUUCCAAGCAUUUCCUCGUCAGGAAGUACCGAUUGGAAGUUCGUAUUCCCCAGUGAAUCGAAUCAGCUUAUCAUCUAACGAUUUAUAUAUACAACCAUCUCCCUGUAACUCGCCCCAAUCGAGUUCUCCCAGCUCGUCAACUCCUAACACGCCUACGGCAGGCAGCGGUACCGGUGGCAUAGGAGGCUCGCAACACUAUCAAAGGCCCUCAACGUUGCACGGAUUGAAGCAUAAAUUGCAUACAAAUGGGUGUAAUAAAUCCUUGCAUUCCGGAGUUACAGGAUCAGGUCCCAGUCGCAGAAAAUCCGUUGGCCAUAUACCAUUGUCGCCAUUGGCACGUACACCUUCUCCUUCUCCACUGCCCGCAUCGCCUACUCGUUCACCUAGUCCGCUAGCGUUUCCUGUUGGUCAUCAGCCCGGAAGUAGUAACACAACUCAAUCCUACAGUCCGGGUGGUCCAGGAGGUAUUUCAAACACUGCAACUACUUCGAAAAAAAGUUUUGUCCGUCCAAAGAGCGCAGAGCCGGGCUCGCCGUUACUUCGCAGAGCUUUGUCGCCCGAUCGAUUGCAUCCGCGAAGCGCAGAGAAUAAAUGCACUCAAAUAUCGCCUUUAUGUUCAACCCAGGCUACAAGUAAUAAAACUGUUAAAACUACCCCUAGCAUUUGGCGCUGUUCAACUCAAGAACGGGAGAAGGAAGAAAACGAUCAAAACCACGAAGAAACCGUAUUGGAGAACUCGACCUUACAUUCAUCAUCGACCAUAAGCUCAGCGCCUGCUACAAAUGUCUUAUCAAAUGCUUCUAAUAUUUUACCAAAUGUUCCAACGAGUACAAAUACAAUUCAAGGAUCUGCUAAUUUUGAUGGUCGGUUGUCUUUAAAUUUACCAGGUCCAAGUGAACUUCUACCUAGAAUUGCUGAAGAAAAAGAUUCUCCAACAGGAAAUCAAGAAGCAGUAAAUAAUGCUAAUACUGCAAAUAUCGUGCCUGUCACUUCUCACCACACAAGCGUAUGAAAAUCAGUUUUUGAUAUGGGAAUUCAGAACUAAGACUAAGUAAAUAAUGUCACAUUAAGACAACUUGAAUAUUUCUAAUUUUAUCUAAUAUGCCUAAUAUCAUUUUUAUUCAAAUUGCUCAGGGCAUACAUAAUAAUGCUGGUCCCAGACUGACUUUAAAGUCUUUUUCUAGAAAAUUUAACUGUUUGUUAACUUUGAAUUGUAAAUAUUAUUAUCUUAUUAGUGUACAUUUUAUAAUUAUUGCUGUGAUAUUUGAGAACACAAUUAUUAUUACAUAUAUUCUUAACUUUGUAUGCACAUA